AUGAAUUGCACCGCAGAUCCCCCAGUCGGCAUCCCUCGUGGCGUCGUCGCUCGUCCAAGGAUCCACAGGCUCAGCCGCCACACCAUCUACCCCAGUGGCGCUACAGAUUUUGGAACGUGUUGGUGUGUGCGUCAAGAUCGCGUGCCUACUUCCACUGAGGUGGUGACGGACCCUGCGUCACUAGAACUUGGCACGGGCGGAUCCCCCGUCACGUAUACUAUGCUGGCUGAUAUGCAGUGGAUCAGCGUAUAUCGGUUGAUCUCUAGUGGUGCCUAUACCGCAUCUUUUGAUUUUGUCGAAGGUAUCAUCGCGUGGCGCAUUUUGCCUAAUGUAUUAUCCACAUCGCUCGAACUUGGCACGGGUAGAUUCCCCCGUCAAUUUAUCUGUAAAGGUGUCGUCGCGUCCCGACCUCGAUCGAUGCUUUUCGUCGAUCGAGCUUGGCACGGGUUCUGGGACGCUCGCGGCUUAGACUCCGAGACGCAGAACUUGAUGGGCCGGUCCCAGCCGACGUCUAUCUUCGUCAGAAGGCUUACGUGGAGUCGCGAAUCAUUUCAAGUGGGAUGGAAGAGAUUCUGUUCUGGAGAUAUUUGGGACGAGGAAGUUAUAAUGAUAAUGAUUUUGCAAGUGCGCGUGUGCCAUCGUUCCGAAUCCGUGAUUGAAUCCAGCUGA